CUUGAGUGAACAACAGUAUAUAUAAAUUGAUUGUUCUUGUUCCUCUCCCAGCCUACUUAGUCCCAUUCGUUCUGUUUUUUGAAAUAAAUGAAGAUGACUCGAGCCAGGUAGUUCAAAAAGUAUGCCGGAGUCGUCGAACCAGGUCGAGGUUCUCCGGCAGCGGUACCGGGACAUUGAACAGCGCAUCAGCGAUUUGCUUGCCAGCAUGCGUAGUCGCCAAAACGCUGUAAAUCUGCGCCUCCGGAAACUUGAAGACGACGUAGAGGCAGCAACCAAGAGAGCAGAUGAUUUAUUGCGCAAGCAAAAGAACCGAGAAGUGGUGACCGAAACCGAGGUGGAGGAAGCAAAGUUAGAAUCGAAGCGUCUUAAGCAGGAAACGAAGUCCAUUCAAACGGAGUCUCGUGCUAUCGAAAAGCUGCUGGAAGUGGACGUUCCGGCUCUUCAAACUGAACUCCAGCAAGCAGCCCGAGCCUACGAUGAAGCGCGAGCCGCCGAAAUUCGAGCGAAAAUCAAGAGGGUGCAGGACAUUCUCAAGGACGCACUCGAAAGAACCUACGACAGCUGGCUUGAUGUGUUUCAGGACGUCCCCAACGGCAGCCGAGAGAAGAAAAAGUGGACAGAUGCUGCGCCCCUUCUUCGCGACCUCUACCAGUGCCUGCAUCGUACCCCGGCAAAUCAGCAACAAGCGUCUGACGUCCUCAGCAUUUUGAAGAAGCUUUCGAGCACGCACGACAUCUCUCCCGAGUCGAUCAGUGUUGACUUCGUUCACGAGAAGACCUGCAUUAGCUUGCGCGAGCACUACUCUUUCCUACAGUGCGAUGUGGGCAGGAUCUGCAGCGUCUGGCGCUUUGUCGUCGACAAAAAUUUGACCACUGUCAUGGCAGCGCUGCAGGACGAAAUGCCGGACAUCGACACCGGCGUCCCAGCGUGGGCGCAGUGUCUGGCCGCCGGUGAAAAGGACAUGGUGGCGCGCUUGAUGAAGCUUGGUGCCAACCUGCGCUGCGGAAGCCGCACGCUGCUCGAUUGGCAAAAACCUAAGGAAGAGGCUAGGUUUGAGCUUCAGCCACCGUGCAUGGCCUUGCGACAGGCGUUCGCCAGCCAGUUUCUCUUCUCCUUUCCAUCGCCCGCAGAGGACGCCAAAACCGUUGCGGAGAAGCAGAGGCGCUUCAUGGAAGCCAUGAUGUUUCUGCAGGACCAACACCGCAUCGAGAUCCCCAAGUACAAGCUACCCGGCACCGACACGACGUCAACGAAGCAGCCGACGCAGCUCAGCUGGCUUUUCGAUGGCAUGACAGGCUGGGCGUUUUCUACCAUCCUGGAGUUUCUGCCAGAACCCUACCCAUCUCAAUUGAUUCGCAACCUGCGAAAAAUCGUCGACGCGUAUCGUCUGAACAUCAACGAAGCAGGAGUGACGAAGGACGGCAAAACGAUAGGGGAACUGUUGCAUGAUUCUCCGGUGCAUCUCAUCGAAUUCUUCAAACUAGGCGUCAACGUACCGUCCGCCUCUUUCGGCAACGAGUCCACGCAAGCCAUCGUCGACGAUAGCCAAAAUAUCCAUCACGGACAGGUGAGCGAACGCCUCAGCCUCUUGAUCAAGGAAGCGCAGAAUUUUCUUCAGGAGCGAACUCGAGCUGCUAACAAGCUAGCAGCCACCGACGCUCCUCCUGCUCGAAAACUUGCAGCGAAAAGCGUCCCGAUGAAGAGCCACAGCAUGAAAUUCCUUGGGGAAAUGUUAAACGACGCCGCAAAACAAGCAGGACCAGCGGGCAGCAGCAAAACCACUGUCGUUUCAAAAGACGCGACUGGACCCGCGACAAAAUUUCGGGCGGUAGAACGCAAUAACGCCAAGCUAAAGGUCGUGGCCUCCUCCUCCAACGGUGGCACGGCCGAGUCAAUUCGAGUUGGGAGCGGUUCCUCUUCAUCAUCCUCUGCGAGACCUCGACCUACUUCUUCUGCUUCGGCCACAACAAAUAACGCGUCACUCCAGCCUGGGCGUGGUGGCGGUAGCAACAAAAGACCCGCUCAUACUGCAUCGUCGUCCUCCUCCUCAAGUUCGAAUCGCCUGCUCCUGCCUGCCGCCGAAGAUGAAACGGCAGGGCGGCUUACUCACGGAACAAUAGCAGAACAAGAAACAGACUCGCGCACACUCCUGCUCCGCGAGCUGUCGGUCACGGGAAAGAGUAUGAAGCAGCGUAUUGCAAGCCUCAGAAAAACGGACAAACGAUUUGAGAAGUUAACCGUGAAGCAGAUCACCGACGGUAUCCGCAGGCAACUCGAUCGCGUUUGGAAGUUCACCGAGAAGCAGGGCGAUUCGCCGCUGCAAAACGGAAAACUCGGUCUCCAGCUGGUGUUCGACUACGUAUCGGCCAAAUUUUCCCGCGACGACGCCGUAUCCACCGUUUUCGGUGCUCUUUUACAGGUACAUGAUGGACUUUUUGAUGUGGGCAACAUCGAUUUAUUCAACUUCAGUUACGUGAUGGAUGCCUGGUUUUGUUCUCUUCGUGGUGGAACGUUUCCACCUAACUAUGUGUAUGUCACCUCCGCUGUGAUAGCAUGAAAUUACAGAAAACCGAGAGAGUCGCCCUGCACAUGGACAUGAGUGACAUUCUGCAAAUAAUGUCUUCUUCGCAGGCCAAUAACGAGUAUGGAGCGGGACUCCAGACUUGCUCUCCGCUGCGGAUGGUGCUUUACGUUCUCGACGGCCGGGUGGAUCUAGGUGACAAAGCGCUUCCCGGGCGCACGAGCGUGCGCGCACUGUUCAAAAAGCUGAGCCAGUUGCACGCCCAAAAGCCUGCCACGCUGAUCGAAUACGGGCAGAAGUGUUUGCGGCAGCUGAAGCCGAAGCGUGACGAAGACCUGCGCACGGUUUUCGAUCUGGUGGUGAGUGGCGAGGCGCCGAUGUACGCGAAGAAUCGGCUCCGUGGCCUGUUCGCGGAGAAGGUGCUGAGCGGCAACGGAAAAGAGGUGAAAGACUGCCUCGCCCACGCUGCAGCUAACAACAAUCUGCUCGUUCUGCCUCUUGUAGGUCACAUGUCCCAAGCCAUGCGCAACCUGUUGCGCAACGUUUGGGAAAUUGCAGAGCUACUCACGAACGCAUUCCUCUCCGGGGAUCAUAUGCAGAACGCGUUCUCGCCCUUUCUGCUCGAAGAAGUGAAUGACGCGCCCCUCGUGUCCUCUCCCUCGCACAAGCGGAACGCGGGUCAGUCGCUGACGAAGGUCGCAGCUCGCGAUCGAAAAAGAGCUCUUGACAAAGAUAGCAGUAGCACCACCUCACACGCCAAGCGAAUAAAGGGCGCCAAGAUGUUGAGCAACAGCGACCCACAAUGCCCUGCACCUGCUGCGCCCCCGAGAAAAGACUCUGGCAGCGCGUCACACAUUUCGGAACAACAGCCAGCGAAUCCUCCUGAGCCGGUUGUUUAUCGUCAACAUCGCAGCGACCGGUGCGACAAGCCGCGUUUAGCUACGUUCAUGACGACUACGAUGCUCGAAGCGGUGGGUUGGAGCGGCAACGACAAGACUGCGAAACACAAACUGAAAAAGCUCUCGCUCAAGGACCUCCAAAAGAUCUACAGCGCCAUUCCCCAACGAGACGCGGACAGCUGCGACACCCGAUUGCGGGACCAGGGUUACGAAAACGUCGUGGAUUUUUCUUUACAUGCGAAAACAGACCUCAUUGAAUACCUGCUGCGCAUUUAUGUCCUUCAACCGUAGAAUUUAGAAAAAGAAAUUGAAUCGGAAAAUAAUACUUGACCUUCUAAGCUAUUUGCCUGAAUAUGUACCCCUCGUUAUCUUCAUUAAGUAUCGCUGAGUCAAUCUCAGUACGGUUGAAACUCUGUACAUUCGGUUCAUGUUUAUUUGCGAUUGUAUUCUAUCUUUAUCUAGUCUUAGACUUAGGACCGAGAUUUUCCUAGACUUACCAUUCCAGUGUUUUCUACCCACAGAAACUCCGUUCUCUGCUCUGGGUCCAGGUAGUAAACACGACGGGCGCAGGUAGGCCAGACUAUUAGUUUUCAUACGUAAUUGUCACCGAAAUUAACACAGCUAGGAAGACCCGGCACGUCAGAGAAGAGCAAAAUAAAUGGAGCCGAGGACGAGAAUUCUCUGAAUCGCCAAAGAUGAAUACUUUUACCGGUCGCGCAAUGAAUGCCGGUACCCAUGUUGACAAGCAAAAAAAUUGAAAUAUCAACGAAAACAAGACGGCUGCGAGUCUACGUC